AUGGAUCUUAUAACUCAGUUACAGGAUAAAUUAGAUCAUUUAUUAUAUGUUUUUGGCACAUGCAUUGGUGUUUUACAACGUGAUGCACCUCCUUCAUUCUUCAAUAAUCCUCAAAACCAACAACAACAACAACAACAACAACAACAACAACAACAACAACAACAACAACAACAACAACAACAAAACCCCCAAACACAACAACAAUUACCACCACCACCACCACCACCACCACAACAACAACAACAACAACAACAACAACAACAACAACAACAACAACAACAACAACAACAACAACAGCAGCAACCACAACCAACAGAAGAAUGGGACGCACCCUCAAAAAUGGCGUUGCAAGUUAUUGAGACAUCAAAAGUUAUUGAGUCUUAUAUUGAAAAGUUACCAGGUUUUGAUAAAACAGAGGAUCAACAAUAUGAGGAUCUUAAAAAUUUAAAUACACAAUCAAAACAAGUUUCAAAUGAAUUGUUAUCAUCUAGAAGAGAUGCCAUCGAAUUAUUAAAAAUGGUUAAAGAAUCAAUUUUAUAUAUAUCAGAAGAAUCUAAAAAUGAAGAAAUUGAUCAACAACCAAUGCAACAGUAA